AUGACGGAGGUGCUACCGUUGCCCGUGACUGCUUUGCUUCCAGUGAUUCUCUUCCCUUCAACUGGUGUGAUGACAUCACAUGCUGUUGCUCAACAAUUUAUCAAUAAUACGAACUUCCUGUUCAUUGGUGGUCUGAUCAUGGCGGCAGCCGUCGAAAAAUGCGAUCUCCACGAGCGCAUGGCGCUGUUCGUGCUGAAGAUGGUGGGCAGUGAGCCGAAGUGGAUUAUGCUCGGUUUCAUGGUUAUCACAGCAUCGCUGAGGUCCGUGAGAGCUUCUAUUAGAUUUUAA